UCUGGCGCGCUGCAACGCGAAUUUCAUCAUCUUUCGCGUCUCGACGGGCGGAAGGGAUAAAGUAGUCAGCAGUUUCUCCCUCCAGGCAUUAUCCACACGUGGACAUCAUUCGCCGGCGUCUUAAGGAACGUGCAAAUUAUCAGAAUGAGCAGGAAGGUUCCAUCGUUCGACGAGACCCACUCGGAUAAACUCGCCCGCAAGGCCCGAGAAUCGCCCUUUAUGCCGAUCGGGAUUGCCGGACUGGUAGCUGUGUGUGCCAUCGGUGCAUACAAAUACAAGCACCGAGGAGGGAUGUCCACGUCCGUGUUCCUAAUGCAGUUGCGAGUAGCCGCCCAAGGUACCGUAGUUGCCGCUUUGUCCAUUGGUCUUGGCUACACGAUGGCAAACGAGUAUAUCUUUAACAAAAAAGAUGAUUAAUUAUGAGGCUAUUAGGAUACUCAAAGAAGUAAGUGUAAAUAAGUAUUAAUGGAUAAAACAAGACACUAUUUAUUCUCCGUUGAGUCCCACGGCCAAAUCAACCGCCCCUAUAUUCAACCAACUCACCACGCAAGGAAAAAACCACAUAACGACGCUAAUGUUUCUGGUGCCAGGCACAAGAGAAAACUGUGAUUGAUAAGAUGUUAUCGCGAUGACAAACGAAGCAUAUACGGAUAUUGUGUGUGAGUGCUAAAGAUCCGUAUUGCUUGCACUUGGAUGCGCCGGAUUGGUGUAUAUCUCAUUUAGUGUACUGGAAGGGUUUUUCUGUCGCUUUAAUAUUUUCCCAAAACGAUAGAUUGCCUUCAUCUCUCAACGAUUUCGGACUAGAUUGAAGAAACAAAAAAAACAUACAUAACCAACAGAUUACUGUUAUCGGAUGAUUGGAAAAGUAUAUUA